ACCGCAUUGUUUUCAUAAACUCCCUGCUGAGAGCAACUGGAAAUGGAGUGUCUGAUACAAAAUAAUUAGGUGCCACUCAGAAAAUAGUAAAAACCUACAGAUGGUCUGUAGUGCCGAUUAAGAAUGCCUCUCCCUCAUCAUCACUCAUGGUAUUAUGUGUAAUGCUAACAGUUUGUAUGUUGAACGUAGCCCUGAUUUAGAGUUUUUCGCUACUGACUGAGGUGUUGAAAUAGUUUCAUGAGCCAUGGAUAAGGAACUAAUGUGUGCAAUAUGUUUAGAAUUUUUCGAUGAACCUUUGAUGUUGCCAUGCAGUCAUAAUUUUUGUAGAAAGUGUCUACAGGGCAUUAUCACUGCUAGGGACCAAUUCACAAGUUACAGACCCCAGCGAUAUGUUGACUGUCCACUGUGUCAAAGGAAGAUUCCUUUGGAAAGAACAGGAGUUGACCAGUUUCCAGUAAACCGUGCACUUGACAAUGUCAUUAGUGUUUACAAAGCAGAAGCAGAAGUGACGUUCAACGAUGCAGGUUGGAGUAAAGAUGUGUCAGACUCAGCAGGACAAUGUCGACUGCACAAAGAAGACUUGUGUUUUUAUUGUUUGUCUUGUAACCAAGCAGUUUGUAAAGAGUGUAAAUGUAUAAGUCAGAGAGAUGCAGGUGCAUCUCAUCGAUUCAGUCCCAUCAAAGAACAACUUCAUCGCUCUCAGACAUCAAUAUUGGCAUCCUUGUCAGAAAUUCGGAAGAAGAGUGUUUUGCUAAAUGACAGAAUUCAACUUUUGAAUGAAAUCCUUGGUGGGAUUGAUGAAAAUGAGAAACAUGUACAGAAAAGUAUUGAGGAGGAGUUUGAGGCACUAAGGUCGCAGCUGAAGAGCCGACAGGAGGAGAUGAAGAGACGUCUACACAAUGAUAUCGAGGCCAUUAAACGCCCAAUCCUAGAUCAGCUGAGAAGGAACAAGUCCAUCAACUCCAGUAUAGACGACCAUCAGAGGAAACUCAGUCUAGUCAAGGCCACACAAGAUCCAAGUUUACGAAUCAAGCUGUUACAGGAGUCUGAGCGGCAGCUGAACAGUCUACUCUGUUUUGACCUGGCCUGGUUUUCCUCGAGUGACACACCUACUGUCAACAUGCCAACCUGGGAACUUCAGAAACGAGAAGUGGAGAAUGCCAUUCCACACAUUCAACUGAAACGAUCAGGCCAUGAACUCUUGAUGCCAGAAGCAGCACGUCACGUUUCUACAGAUGCUGGCAUUACAGCGGGGUUAAGUGGCGUGAGUUUCAGUGAUAAGAAUCCCAAACAAACCCAUGAUAUGGCCAAGCAGCCAGUCAGGGAUGAUCCAGCAUCCUACCUUAGAAGCUCCUCCAGCUCUACACUGGGGGUACAAACUGAACCAAUAUCUAAUACCUCAAAUGAAGGGGCAGUGAUGCAUCGUAACGCAUUGUCCAUCCAUAAACAUCCUCUUCCACUGGAUCCAAACCGACCUACAGAGAAUAAGGACGUACGAACUACGUCCUCUUUGUAUUUUACUAGUCAGUCAGGCAAACCACAAGGGCAUCAGAGGACAAAUAUGAGUGUUACUCUGCCACCUAGAUCUGAAAUCGAAAUCUCAUCCAACACAUCAAAUGUACACCCUCGACUAUCAUUACCAACCACUGCAAGUACAAUUGCUAUUUCUUUACGCAGGAACUCAGAGGGAGGUCUUCAGACCCAUGGAGGGGGAGAGGCUGGUACCCCCACUUCUGCUACCCUCCCAAUCACCACCCCCAUUACCAAUUCAUUACUUAACAACAUAAACAGUGUACCCCCCAUAACCUCCUCCUCAGUCAGUCUCACCAGUGAGGCAGGGGCGGCUUCUUUUCCUAUUUUUAAUGAAUCUGACCGAGUUCGUUCAUCCAUGGAGACAGAGAAUGGAGUCAAUGCCAGCUCCCCCACUGGGUCAGAUGGGUCAAACAGAUCCAGUAAUCAGACAAAUAACUUUAGUGACGCUAACUUGCCGAGGAUAACUGCGAGGGAUUUCUCCCCCGGGAGGGGCGUGUCUUAUCCUGGAGGUCGCCGAAUUGUCAAAGCCAAAAAAAUAAUCAAAAAGUAAACUCCUGUCACCUUUACCAGGGUUACACCAUUUAUAAUGAAAAUCAGAAACAUUACUCUGCUUGUAUCUGUCUUUUUUAUGGAUUUGACUUACAAGAAACCCUACAAGUAAUUACUAAAUAUAUCUAACUUGUUGAAACUGCUGUUGUAAAGGCAUUGUAAAUCUAACUCUGAGAAAGCCUUGCUUGUAUUUACUGGUAUUUUAUUCUCUAACAGCUGAUUUUACAUCGUAGGAAUGCCUUCAUUGUAAGCUGCAUUAUACAGAAGAAUUUAUUGCGUGAUAUCCAUUUAUACACAUGCUAAAAUUUACUUUUAACUUUUUAGCAUAGAGCAAUGUCAAUGCUAUACAAGGUUUAACCGGUGAUAUGUUUGGUAAACUUUUUUCCUAUUUUGUUGUUUGGGACAAAUAUGUAUUUGCCUCUACAAUAUUCCUAGAAUAUGCCAUCCUUUCUGACAAGUUCAUGUAGUAACAAUAAAGCCAUUGUGUUCAUUUAAUGACAGUAUUUAAAAUGUAUCAAUACAAAAUACAACAUGAAAAAUUUGUCUUGGAAUGUAAAUGGGGACAGAAAGUUAAGUUGUUAACCAAU